GUCAUUAUGAGGUAUUAUGUGUAGAAUUUUGAGAAAAAAAAAAAAUUAUUUCAUCCAUUUUAGAAUAAGGCUGUGACAUAAAGUGUGGAAAAAGUGACACAAUGAGAAUACUGUCCAGAUAUACUGUAUUGUUGAAGAAAUUAUGAAUAGUGUAUCUUAUAUCAAAGUGCCAAUAAUUCUGACCAAGGCCGUAAAGGAAAAUAGAAAGGAAAAAAAAAACAUUGUAUAUUCUGGCCAUGCUAAAUAUUGCAUUUCUUUUAGAAAUACCAGCAACACACUGAAUGCUAUCCACCCUGGGACAUUUGACAAAUAUGGACUUCAUCAUGGCUCUUCUGGUCUCAGUGGUACAGACGCUCAGUGUCAACAAAGCAGCUCCUUUGUCAGGAGAGGCUGUGGUUUUCAGAGCAAACGUUAGAAGGAACGCAGAACAGCUGGUUGUGAAGAUAAACCGAGACAUUCAGGUAAAACUGGUGGUAAUACAGUUUGUACACAAUGUGAACCAAUAAGUAUCUGAUUGAUUCAUGUUCUCUUGUUCCCUGCAGUUCCCUGCUGACCUGACCAUUGGUCCAAUGGAUGAUAAUCUGGACGGCCUUUACUCCAUAAUGAUGGUCCUGCAGACUUACGAGAGCCUGCUCUCUGAUAAUAUUGAUAAAGUCUCACAGGUGAAAACUGAGAUCUCGUCGUUGACCCGCUACAUUGACCACUGGAGGGUGCAGCCGGGGCUGUGCAGAGGUGAGCAGCCGUCCAAGGCCAACUUGCCGGGCCACCUUGAAAUCCUACAGAGUCAGAAGGAGUUCACCAUCACUGUGAGCAUGGAGGCUCUUAAGGGAGUCAAAGAAUACCUCAACAACCUACUGAACAAUCUGGAUCGUCUCCAGAUUUGCUGAUGGACUGGCACCAGAAACCGUGUUUUUAAGGCGUUAGCCUGAAUUUGGGGCAAGAUUUGUCAAAUUUGCAUCAGUGGUGCCUCAGGGUAGCACAGCAGUGGUGUUAAAAUUACGUACAGACACACUCAGAAAAUUAGUAUUUUGUAAUAUUGUCAAAAGAAUGUUUGUGUAUUUUGGACAUAUUGAGAUUACUCAGUGGAUUAUAACAUGGUACUACAACACCAGGGUUGUGGCUAUAGGAAAAGACUCGACAGAAGCUCUAUUUUGGCAAAUAACAAUGGGGGUGGGGGGGGGUGUGUCUCCAUAAUUCCGUCAUGGUGCUGAAUCAGCUGUUUAAGUUUGAACCCCCCCCCAUGAUAAGCAAGGACAUCACGCCCAGGAAUUCCUACAACAGUUCAGUUUUUGUACAGUAACAACUAUUGCAAUAUGGCAACUAUUUAUAUCUACAUAUAUUGUAUAUUUUUGCACAGUGGAGUGUAUUUUUUGGUAACCUUUACAUAACAAUGUAUCAGUCUAUUUAACUGAAAUAAAAUAUUUUUUGGAAUAUAUCAGUUUGCUCAUGUUGUGCAAUGACUGCAAGACAAGCAAAUCAAAGUCAACAGGAAGCGAGUAUAUACGUGCUAGAACACAGACCAGGUUGAUAUUCCAUCUGUCGGUGGCUGUUUCUGAACAUUUCUACAGUCAGGGUUUACACAUGGGAAGUUUGUCACCGGUUUAUGAUUAACUCCUGUUACAAAACUAUCACAGAAAGAACUCGUGUAAUUACACCUGUCGUGUAGCAGUGACAGUAAAUUUUGUUCAUCCCACAACAAAU